AUGGUCAAUGAGGCUGGUAGGGCAGUAUGGCCAGAAAAAGAGACGCAGAGGGAGGAAGAGGAACAGAAAGUUACAAAGAAUACAGAAUGUAUAAGUAAUGAGUUAUUAAGUGGUAGUGAAGUUGCUUUUCCAGAUGAGAAUGAAUUCAGUUUGCAAUGUAAUGAUGAGUUCAGUUUGCUGGGUGAGAGUGAAAUCGAUUUGCAAGGUGAGGAAGAAGAUGAUUUAGUAAGUGAAGAUGAAGUUGAUGUGCAACCUGAGGAGACUUUUCAAUCAAGAAGUAAUGAUUCUUUUUUAAACUCAAAUGAAGACAAAGAGAAGAAAGAAGAACUAUAUAUCGGAAUGGAGUUUAGUUCCGAUGAGAGUGCAUAUAGAGCUUAUGCUAAAUAUGGAGGAAAAUCUGGUUUCAAUGUGAGGAAACAACGCAGGACAAGAAACAAGAAGGGUUUGGUUGUUAGGUUAGUUUAUUGUUGCUCAAAAGAAGGUUUCCGAAAGACCAAAACAAAGGGGGAAACAUCUUAUUCAGUACCAGUUACAAGGGUCGGUUGUAAAGCCCAUAUGAGUUGCUAUCGUCAAAACAACGGAAAAUUAAAGAUUGUGUCGUUUGAGAGGAAUCAUAAUCAUGAGUUGAUUAAAACACCUAUGAAGCAUAUGUUAAAGAUCAAUAGAAGUUUCUCUAAAGCUCAAAAAGAGCAUGCUGAUGAUGCUGAGAUGUCAGGAAUUUCAGCAAAAGCAACAGUUGAAUUGAUGAGUAGAGAAGUUGGAGGACGAGAGAAUCUUGGUUUUAUGGAAAAGGACUAUCGGAAUUACAUACAUCGAAAGCGAAGGCUUGAUGAGGAUGAUAUGAUCACAAAUAUUUUUUGGGCAGAUGAGCGUUCAAUAAGUGAUUAUGGUCUUUUUGGGGAUGUCGUUUGUUUUGACACAACUUAUCAAACUAAUGAAUAUGGUAGACCAUUUGCUCCAUUUGUUGGGGUCAAUCAUCAUAAACAAACAGUGGUGUUUGGUGCAGCUCUAUUAUAUGACGAAACCAUUGAGUCCUUUAAGUGGCUUUUUGAGACUUUUCUUGGAGCGAUGUCUGGAAAGCAACCAAAGACCAUACUUACAGACCAAUCUGCAGCAAUUGCUAGUGCAAUAGCAGAAGUAUUUCCUGUCACUUAUCAUAGACUAUGUAUUUGGCAUAUUUACCAAAAUGCUGCAAAGAGAUUGAGUCAUGUGUUUCACGGAUCACAACAAUUUGCUCAUGAUUUUGGAAAGUGUGUGUAUGACUAUGAGGAUGAAGAUGAUUGGUUAUUAGCAUGGAAUAAUAUGCUCGAGAAGCACAAUUUGAAGGAGGAUAAAUGGUUAAAGAAUUUGUUUGAUGUGAGAGAAAAAUGGGCAUUGCCUAGUUAUGACCUGUUGUGCUUCUUUGAACACUAUGAGAGAGUUUUGGCUGAUCGAAGAUAUGAAGAAUUAAUUGCUGACUUCAAGAUGAUGCAAACUUCUCCUGUGUUAUCUGCUAACGUAGAGAUGUUGCAACAUGCAGAGGAGGUGUAUACCCCAGAAGCUUUUAGACUCUUCCAGCAACAAUACACAAGUAUUGGUGAUUAUGUUGCUAAUAAAGUUAGCAAGUCUGAGAUGCAAUAUGAAUACAAAGUAUCUUAUCGUGGUGUUGCUCGAGAGCAUUUGGUAAAAUUUGAUGCUUCAAUGCAAACAAUAACUUGUAGUUGCAUGAAGUUUAAUUUUGUUGGGAUUUUAUGCCAUCAUGCAAUGAAAGUGUUGGAUAGGAAGAAUGUGAGAAGAAUCCCUCCUACUUGCAUAUUAAAUCGAUGGAGUAAAGAAGCUAAGGCAAGGAGCAUCGCUAGUUAUCAUGGACCAAAGACUAAUGAAAAUUUGAAGCAGUCAAUUGGAAAGCGAUACAGCCAUUUGUGUCGUAAUUAUCGUGAGAUUGCAUCCUUUGCCUCAGAACAUGAGGAACAAAUAGAAAAGAAGAAGAAAUUGUUGAAAGAAGAUGCAUGGGUGAUUCAAACAUCAGAUGUUGGAGCUUUAGAAGGUGAAGUAUCAAAUGCACGUGGAGUUAAAAGAAAAGCUACUGUUGGACGACCACGCGGUCGUCAUGGUAGAUUUAAAGGUGUUCUUGAAGGGAAGAGUUGUAAAGCCACAUCUAAAGCAUCAACAUCUCUAGCAAGUAAAGCCGCAGCAAAGAAACAACUAUCCUUCCAGGACUCUAUUCCUACUAGUGACAAUUGCGAGCAACAAGAAGUCAAUGAAUAUGAAGUUCUAAUGCUUGAUUCAGCAACUCAAGAGUCCAAUCUUAGUGCUGGUACCCAAGUAUCAGUUUAUGGCACAGGUCUAACUUUGUAG